UAAGAGUAUCCCUCACCCUGACACCCCCGCUCCACUCUCCCUUCUUCUUCCCACUUCUUCACGUCGAUUCUUCUCUGGCACUGGACAGCGAGGCUUCAACCCGGAAUCAGCCACCAGCCUUCAUCAUCUGCUUGCAUCACUUGAUUGAGCUUGAUGACGACCUAAGAAGUUCCUUCCACCCCUUGAAGUCAGCGACGCCGCUCAUUGCUGGUAUCGCACGAUCAGAACCUGACCGAUGCUGUUCGCUUGAAGUUGGGGAUCAUCUAAUCGCCUCAGCAAGCGUAUUCAUUCACCAAACAUGGUCGUCAUCAAGUCCGAACGUCACCAUUAUGGUGACGUCGCCGCCGACUCGUCUUACAUAAAGACCAAGCUUGAGCGCAGUGACUCACUUGGACCCAUCGACUACGUUCUUCCUUCACCUUACCCAUACGAGGACUCGAGAUUGAGCUGCUCAGGGAAUGAUGACUGGUUGAACCUUGCCCUUUCGAGGAUGCGCGACGAUCAGCAGGAUCAUCUCCACCUCGAAUGCAAAUCGAAAAGUGUAAAACCUCGUGUGCGGAAGCCGAAGUCCUCUCGGCCUGCCAAGCCAAAGCUGCCCUCUUCUCAGGCGAAGUCACGGGUUUCAAGCGGCAAGUCUCCUCAGCAAAGUCUCUGCGCGACACAUCCGUCGCAGUAUAACACGACUUCGCUAUCCGGAGAUGUCCAUCGCUCCGAUACGUUGAUGUCGUCACCACACGCCACUCGUUAUCCCGCCCCACCUUCACACGACAUGCCUCCCCCACUAACUUCUGACGAAGUCUACUUCGAUCCAAAGCGGCUCGCAGGGUUCGGCGAACCGGCAAUGACUGAUCCGAGCCCGAGAAUGCUGAAGAUUGAUACCCAAUCCGCGCAGACGAAUAUCGUCAGCCCGAUGUUUAUGAUUCCUUUACCUUGUGGAAGUCUGGUUGAGAUGGCUGCUGUCUAUGGGCCAUGAGCUUUUCUCUCUUGGCCUUAUUUUAAUUCCCAUGCGCCCGUCAAGGGAUAUUUUCGGGCUUCAAUGGCAUUUACUACAAGACUGGACUCUGAUAUAGAC